AUGAACGGCAACUCCUUUUACUGCGAUUCUGAUUCUCCAGUGGAAGUCCACUCUCAACGGCACGAUGAAUUCUCACUCGAAUUCGUCAAUCAAGAACACAUCAAGGACCUUUCGAGAGCUCUUGCAAGAGAUCCCAGCAGUGGUUCAGAAACUGGCGCUGAGCACUUGUCAACCACGUCAAGAAGGAAAAUAAAAAAAGAAGAUACGGGAACACCUAGAGGGAUCUCAUAUUCAAUUUCUCGGUAUCCUUUAAUCAUUGGUAUCGGCGCAGUCAUCAUAUUUGAAUUGAUUUUAUACAUAUGCCUGCGCCAGUUGGUACGAGCAUGGGAAAGCCUGUUUAGCUGGAGAGGCAAGCGAAGACAACUACGUGCAAAUCUUCGAGCAGCGAAUUCUUAUGAAGAAUGGUGCACAGCAGCGGAUGCACUGGACAAAUAUAUGGGCAAAGAUGUUUGGAAGGAAUCAGCACCUUACGGUUAUUACGAUUAUCGUCUUAUUGAAAAGGUUAUUCGACAUCUACGGAGCUAUCGAGAAAAUGCGAACAAUAGCUAUGAAUCAGCAGCCAAUCUCAAGGAUGUGCUAUACGCUUGUUUGAAGCAAAACUUUGCUGGAAUUGAGAACACAAAGUUAUAUAGCAAUAGUUAUCUUGGAACCAAACGACUGGUGGAACAAUAUGUGGAUGAAGUUACCCACGCGAUUGAUGUUUUGACAAAGAACAAAUAUAUAUCGAUCGAUGACAAGCGUCUCGCAUUCAAGCUAUAUUCAAAAAACUUUGGACGAACAGCGUUCUGCUUAUCCGGUGGAGCUGGCUUCGGUUACUAUCAUCUGGGUGUGAUUCGCGAAUUAUUGGACCAAAAGCUGUUGCCCCCGAUCAUUACAGGGACCUCAGCCGGUGCACUGAUGGGUGCGAUCGUGUGCACUCGUACCGACGACGAAUUACGUCAAGUCCUCGUACCAGAACUUGCACAUAAAAUCAAAUUUUGUCAUGAUUCAUUGAUAAAGCACUUGACUCGAUAUGCAACAACCGGUGCUUUUUUCGAUACUGAUCAAUGGUGUCGUCUUGCUGUGUGGUUUUCACGUGGAUCACUUACGUUCAAGGAAGCAUAUGAACGCACUGGCCGCAUCUUCAAUGUUUCUGUGGUGCCCAAUGAUCCACAUUCACCGCCAAAACUACUCAAUUAUAUCACGGCGCCUAAUUGUGUUAUCUGGAGUGCUGUAAUGGCGUCAGCUGCUAUUCCUGGAAUUUUGAACCCAAUGGUCCUUUUACAAAAAACACCGAGAUCAAAUCAUCUGAUCCCAUACGAUUACGGUCACCGGUUCAAAGAUGGCAGUUUGCGAACAGAUAUUCCUACACAGACACUAUAUCACACUUUUGGUGUCAACUAUACCAUUGUUAGCCAGGUGAAUCCACACAUUCAUGUAUUCUUUUAUGCCAAUCAAGGAAGUCCAGGACGUCCCGUGACCCAUCGUUGGGGCAAAGGAUGGCGUGGCGGAUUCCUCGCAUCAGCUGCGGAACAAUUUUUAAAGCUAGAUCUCUCUAAAUGGCUCAAGGUACUACGAGAUCUCGAUCUCCUUCCAAGAGUAAUGAAUCAAGACUGGAGCAACUUAUGGCUUCAAAAAUUCGAUGGCACAGUAACGAUAUUGCCAAAAACAGGUUUACUGGAUUGGACCCAUAUUGUAGCCAACCCUACAGAAGAUCGACUCAAGCAUGCAAUGAAUGUGGGCCGAGCAAGAACAUGGCCAACUAUUUCCAUGAUCAAAAACAGGUUACGGAUUGAAAAUGCAAUCAAAGAAGGGCAGAGAACACUUCGCAGCCGCCGCCAUAACACCUCAAAAACAGGUGCAUCCAAUACGAGCGAUGACACAUCAAGCAGUAGCAAUGACGAAAUCCGAUUUUUAGCAGGUCGUCGUGCAAGCAUGCCUGAUGGAUCUGGGCUGCUACAGGAAAAGCAGUGGAAGAAAGAAGAAACGCGAAGACGGAGAUUUCUCGCACAGUUCACUGAUCGCCGUGAAGUAAUUGCUGGCAAGGAAAUCGUGGCCCAGGAGGCUGAAGCAAGGGCAUACGAUUUCGACACAGAAAGCGAAAAUGAAUCAUCUGAUAGUGACACCGCGUAG